AUGCUGCCUGGCCUUGCCUUACCAACCGAUGUCGACGAUGCACACAUAUCCGUGCGCUUCAAGUACGGCAUCCACACCAUCUUCCUCUUCAUCGACGCACUAGCUCCCUUCUCAUCCGUCACGCAAGAUCUGCUCGAGGUUCUCAAGGAUAGGUACCCUGACGGCCUCACCAAGUCAAGCGCAACACCAGAUGAGAGGACGCCUGUGCCGGAUGCGGCAAAUCUCACCUAUGGCGUUCUCCGUGUACCUACCGAUCCCUCUAAGGGAUGGAAGCCCCUGAAACUUGGAGAGGACGCUACAAACACUCCUAGCAAGUGUGGCAUCAAGGAUAAUAGCAUCGUUGCCUUUGCGUUUGCACCCGAUGAUGAGGACGAUAUGGACGCCGAAGAGGGAGAUGCUGUGUUUGAAGUCGAGUGGCCGCAGGAGGACGAAGAGCUCUACGAGCAAAGGCCUUGA